CGCGGUCCCGGCUGCAGCACGCCGCGGGGUGUCUGCGUGAUCCAUGGGCAGCGGCGAGGGUCACGAUGACAGAUUACGGUGAGGAGCAGCGCAACGAGCUGGAGGCUCUGGAGUCCAUCUACCCCGACUCCUUCACAGGCAGAUGUCUCUCAGCUAUCCCUGUAUAGCUCCAGUCCUGUUCAUGUUCUCUCUCACCAGCAGUACGGCUGUGCUGUGAGGAUGUUAAGGGGAUGAGUGAAGAGGGGUUUGAGAGUGUCAUUAACUGGCUUGAUUGCACACUGAUCCAAUCCUCCUAACAAGUAGUCUUCCGAAAUAUAAGCAGACUCUUCUGAUACCGCCUUCUCCUUCCGUAGUGCUUCACUUAAUGAGGUCCUGCUAAGUUUAGUUCUUUCAUCGAGCCAGAAUUUGUUGAGUUUCGAGAUGCUGCCAGGCCCCAAUCUAGGUGCUCUCACAAAGUUUCAUGGUAUUCUUGUGGAAGAAUAGACAAUAAGCAGGUAUCUAGUAUCCGGUAGACGUCAGGCUGUAAAAAGUAUUAUCAGAAAAUCCACCCAGCUUUACCAUUACUGUGACCUCUGAGGCUGGAGAAAAUGAUGAAAAAAAAUCUGUUGAGCUACUUUUCAUUGACACAUUCUGUCCAGACUACCCUCAAGUUUACAUACAGUGAAAAAUACCCAGACGAAGCCCCCCUUUAUGAAAUAUUCUCCCAGGAAAAUCUAGAAGAUAAUGAUGUCUCAGACAUUUUAAAAUUACUAGCAUUACAGGCAAAAGAAAACCUUGGUAUGGUGAUGAUUUUUACUUUAGUGACAGCUGUGCAAGAAAAAUUAAAUGAAAUAGUAGAUCAGAUAAAAACCAGAAGAGAAGAAGAAAAGAAACAGAAAGAAAAAGAAGCAGAAGAAGCUGAAAAGCAAUUAUUUCAUGGCACUCCUGUUACAAUUGAGAAUUUCUUAAGUUGGAAGGCCAAGUUUGAUGCAGAACUCUUGGAAAUUAAAAAGAAACGAAUGAAAGAAGAAGAACAAGCAGGAAAAAAUAAAUUAAGUGGGAAACAGCUGUUUGAAACAGAUCAUAAUCUUGACACAUCAGAUAUCCAGUUCUUGGAGGAUGCUGGAAACAAUGUGGAGGUAGAUGAGUCUUUGUUCCAGGAAAUGGAUGACUUGGAGCUGGAAGAUGAUGAGGAUGAUCCAGACUACAAUCCUGCCGACCCAGAGAGUGACUUGACUGACUAACGGACCAUCCCCAUCUGCAGAGGCUUGACUGCCACAGCAUCUGUGGCUAUGCUGAGAGGGUGUGGAUUUUCCUUUCUUUUUUUCUAAGAAAAAAUAAUUUUCAGGAGAAUAUUCUUCUGAUAGCUUUCAUCAUUGAACUAAAUAAACUGACCUUAAAAUUUUAAAUAUAAAA